AUGGAGUCCCCCCAUUAUGAUAACCAAGAUAGGAGGUUAGAAGCCCUUGAAGUUAGUUCGGCCAAUCUUAACCGGGCAUUGGAAACUUUGUCCAAUACCAUGGCUGCAAAUAUGGCUGAAAUAAGGAGGGAAAACAAUGCCAACAUGGAGAGGUUGGAAAGGAGGAUGCUAGAGAGGGAACAUAAGAGGGUGCAAGAAGAAGUGCCUAGGUCGCAUGCCGCACGGCAGGGCCGGGCAAGGUAUGAGAGCGAUGCCAUUAGUGUUCAGGGUACACAUCAUGUCGAUCAUGGCAUUAGGCACCAUGGGCGAAUGGGAGGAAGGAUUGAAGCCGAAGGCUUAGUGUUUGAGAGGUGGCUUGAUGAUGAGCGGGUUAGUAAUGGCCAUAACAAUCAUGAUGAGGCCGAUAGUGAACCCGAAGAUCGCCCCUUCCAUGCUCAAAGGCCUUAUGGCCGGAGAGAACCCAUGGCAAGGAGAGGAAGAAACAUGCGGGGUAAUGACUUUGGAGAUGAUGACUAUAGGGGUCCACGGCCUAGAGAAGAAGGGCUUAGAAAACCCAAAAUUGACUUCCCAAAGUUUGGUGGAGGAGACCCGUAUGAGUGGCUUGACAAGGCGGAUCAGUACUUCGACGUUUAUAACAUCCCACGGGCUGAUCGGGUGACCCUAGCCAGUUUCCACUUAGAGGGUAGGGCUAGCCGAUGGUGGAGGUGGAUCCGAGCCUUGUAUGAGAAAGAAGGGAAAAGGUUAGGGUGGACGGCCUUUAUGGACGAAUUCAUGAAACAAUGGGGACCAUCCCCCGUUGUCAAUCACCAUGGUCAACUUGCAAAACUUAAACAGGAAGGCAAAGUCCAGACCUACAUCGAUGAGUUCCGGCAAUUACAAACUAUGGUCAGCAGAUGGUCCGACGAAGCCUUGCUUGGUACCUUCAUCGACGGCCUCAAACCAUGGCUAGCUAAGGAGAUCAAACUCAAACAACCAACGCGGCUACAAGAGGCGAUGCGCAUGGCGGAGAUCCUAGACCAAAGCUACAACCCGGAACGACGUUCAACCAAGGAUGGUGCCAUCAGCAAGCUCACCAAACCACAACCAUCCAAGGUAAAUUUCAGAUCAAAAGAGAUAACUUCAACAGGUUCCAAAAAUCAGCAAAGGGAGGUAAAGAAAUUGUCACGUGAUGAGCUGCAAGAUUACAUAAAAAAGGGUCUAUGUUUCAAGUGCGGUGAAAAGUGGAGCCGGGAGCAUCGUUGUAAGACCGGCCAAGUCUACGUCCUUGAUGCAAGUAGCGACGAAGAGCCCGCUGCAUCUGAAAAUUCAGAUAGCAGCAGCGAGGAGGAAGAUCACCCCGAAGAGACCGAACCAUGUGCAGAAAAUCAGCAUGCCGAAUUGUCACUCAAUGCACUUUGCGGCGCACCAAAACCCUCCACAAUGAGGCUCAUGGCUUGGAUCGGCAAGCAUGAAGUCUCCUUGUUAGUGGACAACGGCUCUUCUCACAAUUUCAUCAACUCAGCAAUCGUACGAAAGGUUGGACUCAAAGGUACAUCGGUUUCACCGUUUGAAGUCAAAAUUGCUAGUGGUGAAAAAUUACUAUGUGCUGAAAUUGUUAAUAAUGUAAAGAUGAAUGUACAAAGGGUGAGAGUUAAAGCCGACCAACAUGUACUUCAAUUAGUCGGCUUAGACAUUGUCUUGAGAAAUGCAUGGUUACGUAGUCUAGGCCGGGUGGUGACCGACUUCGAUGCAAUGACCAUGGAGUUUAAACUCGGUGGCCGAAAGAGGACAUGGACGGCCUUGAGCAGCAAGGAAGUACGGCCUUGCGAGGCCAACAUGAUAGAAAAACUUUGCAAUGGAGGGGCUAGCUGCUUUGCCGUUGUUAUGGCUAGCCCAAACCAAGAUGGUCCUCUCCAAGAUGAUGCAGAAAUCCAGCAGCAGCAGCAAGUACUUGAGGGGCUGCCACCACCAAUCCGGAGGGUGUUAGAGGCUCAUCAAAGUGUCCUCCAGAAGCCUACUUCCCUCCCGCCACAACGAGACUUUGAUCAUCCGAUUCGGAUGAAAGAUGAAGCUGCUGCGGUCAAUGUUCCACCAUACAGGUAUGCACACUUUCAAAAGGGAGAAAUUGAGCGUCAAGUUGAUGAAAUGCUUAGCCAGGGGCUGAUCCGACAUAGCUCGAGUCCCUUCUCCUCACCCGUUCUAUUGGUGAGAAAGAAGGAUGGCUCAUGGAGGUUCUGCACCGACUACCGAGCUCUUAACGAAGCAACCAUCAAAGACCGUUUUCCGAUCCCAACGGUGGACGAGAUGCUCGAUGAAUUGCAUGGUGCCAAGUUCUUCACCAAAUUGGACUUACGAGCUGGCUACCAUCAAAUCAGAAUGAAAGAGGAGGAUGUGCACAAGACGGCCUUCAGGACACAUUCCGGCCACUACGAAUCCAUGGACGAGCACCUUGAGCACUUGGAGAUUGUUCUACGCACCUUGGAGGAGCACCACUUUCACAUCAAGCCUUCAAAGUGUGCAUUCGCACAAGCGGAGCUCGAGUACUUGGGCCACAUAAUUUCAGCCGAAGGAGUUCGUGUGGAUCAGCGAAAAAUUCAGGCCAUGCUCGAUUGGCCAUGGCCGAAGGAUAUCACGGCCCUAAGAGGAUUUUUGGGGCUAACAGGCUACUACCGACGAUUCGUAAAGGAUUAUGGGCUGAUUGCAAAGCCACUGACCACCAUGCUGAAAAAAGGAGGUUUCAUGUGGACCAUUCAAGCACGCAAGGCAUUUGAAGACCUCAAGGAAGCUAUGACACAAACACCGGUACUUGCCUUGCCCGACUUUUCCAAACCGUUCGAGGUCUACACCGACGCUAGUGGCGAAG